GAAGCAGCGGGGCUCGUCUCCGUGGCAGCGGGACGCCCGCUGAGGACGGAUGUGUGGGGCGGAUACUCGCCGCUAGCUACCGUCACGUCUCAUCGAUUCAGCGGUUCAAGCUAACACGCACUGAAACGUGUUACUAGACAUUAUCAAGAUUCCGUGCUAAAAUGAAGAAUUGCGAUUUUUUUUGGUGUGAACAGGAGCGGGGCAGUGUGCGGGGCAGUGUGCGGGGCCGACACGGCUAACAGCGGCAGGUUAGCGGUGUCGUUACGCACCGUAGCACCGCCGGCUAACGCGAACCGGAGUCCCGCGGGUCUGGAUGAAUGGAUGUUAUCAGAGGCCGUGUGUCUGCUAACAUCACCGGCACACAGCUGAGUGUUUGAACCCGGGGGGGGUCCUCUUCAGCACCAUGGACAGUGAUGCCGUCCUUCGUAACUUAUCCCCCUUCGUCAACUGACACUGGAUUCCAGCAUCACGAUUACUGCUGCUCUUUAAAGUUGAAAAUCUCUAAUCUGAAUCAUGGGAAAUAUUUUCGGGAAUUUGCUGAAGAGCCUCAUCGGUAAGAAGGAGAUGAGGAUCUUGAUGGUGGGGCUCGAUGCUGCAGGAAAAACAACAAUCCUCUACAAGCUCAAGUUGGGUGAAAUCGUCACCACAAUCCCAACCAUCGGGUUUAACGUGGAGACGGUGGAGUACAAGAACAUCAGCUUCACUGUGUGGGACGUGGGUGGGCAAGACAAGAUUCGUCCCCUCUGGAGACACUAUUUUCAAAACACACAGGGUCUAAUCUUUGUGGUGGACAGUAACGAUAGAGAGCGUGUGAACGAAGCACGAGAGGAGCUGAUGAGAAUGCUUGCUGAGGACGAGCUGAGGGAUGCAGUGCUCCUUGUGUUCGCCAAUAAACAGGACUUACCCAACGCCAUGAACGCUGCUGAGAUCACAGACAAGCUGGGCUUACACUCCCUGCGCCACCGUAACUGGUACAUCCAAGCUACCUGCGCCACCAGCGGGGACGGCCUCUAUGAGGGUCUUGAUUGGCUGGCCAAUCAACUCAAGAACAAGAAAUAAGAAGACAUCUGGAGACAGCAGCUGGCAGCUGCACCCAUCCACCUUUAUAUUGAUUUUAUUUUUGAAAAUGGGGCUGUGGGUCAGGAGCAAGGGUUUUGGUUGAUCGGUGCAAAGAAAGAUUCAGGGUCUGUGGGAGAUGUUCAGCUUUCUUUUUUAGGUUUCCGAGAGUUUUCAUCUCACAUUGCAAAAAGAUUCUCAAAUACUCUGUAUUUCACCACUCACACACUCACACGUGCACUCACAAGAACACUAACCGUAAGCAAUCACAGCAGACACUUGCUUUUCCUGUGUCCACCUCUUGUCCUUAGGUGCAGUGUACUGUGUGUUCAUCUCUGUCAGUCGUCCAUCCAAAGGACUUAUCGGUUUCGUUUGCACUUCCUGUGUGUUUGUUUACCUUCUUCUCUUGUGGGAGCCAUGAGAACAAUCACAGCUGGCAGUUUCACAUCACCAUGAUUCAAGUUGCGCUUACUUUAAAUUUUACGAGCAACGCAGAGGCACUUUGAUACUCAGAUAACGUGUGUACAUAUGAAAUGUAUGUGUUCUUGUAAGCGGCUCAGACACACAACAACAGUCCUCUUACUGCCUCAUUUUUAAACCUUUUGAUAUCUGUGGCAUCUUUCUAUAUUCCGCGCGUGAGAUCCCAAAGUGCUGAAGCCGCCCCUUUUUAAAUCUUUUAAAGUGCUCUGCACAUUCUCGACCGCCUGACCUGCAUGCGCCGUGGUAGAUGUCGCUUGUAUUGUUGCGUAUCCUUUUUCAUCCUCUGAGCUGCAUGGAUGUUGACGCUGUUUGUUAUAUUUCCUCAAACUAGCCUGAUUGUGUUCUGGUGUUGUUUACAGUCAGGAUGCAGAAACCAACUCUGUCGCCACUUCCUGCUUAUUAUUAUGUGCUUAAAACUGUGUAGUCAGCUUCAUGGUCUCUUAAUGUGAAAGCAGUGUAUCGGUUGACCUGCACAUAAACACAAGACACACAAGACCAGCAUAGAUGCUGCUCGUCUGCCAUCUUGUUUUUGUCCACGUGAGUCACUCAAACUGCUUCAGGUUGCUCUUGCUUCAUGUGUUUUUGUCUCCAACUUGCAUAUCGAGGGAGCGGGAAGGGGUUGGUGAUUCUGUCACUGAUAACUCUGUGUUACUGAAUGUGAAUAUUGCCGAUGAAUCUAUAAAUGGCUGUACUGUAAUUUAUUUUAUUAAUUAUGUGACAGAAAGCAGGAUAAGCAGAUUUAUACGUGGGUGUUGGUAGUUUUCCGAGAUUCAUCAGCACGUCUGUGGCUCAGCUCUGAACCGGAGACGAGUCACUACUUCGCCCCUGAUACCAGCAGAAUCCACCAAUUUCUGUCAGUAAAACAUGUUUUGUGUGUGCCAUACCUGGGUACUGCUACUCACUCACCAGUGACAGUGCAACAUACUGUAUAUUCACUCCAACCUGUCAAUGCAUUGUUCAUAUUCAACAUGUUUAAUCAUGAGUUUUAUCAUUUGGGUUUUGUGGCCUUAUAAUUCGUCAUGACUUCACAUUGACUUUCUUUGAGCUCGUUUGAGUCACAUAUAUUUAUCUAUGGUAUAUAGAAUGAUUUGCAGAAUGAUUUGAGGCGAUGAGGCAAAGGUUUUUUUCCGACAGUAUCGUUUGUUUUGCCAGUAAACUUGAUUCAUAUAUGAUGGUAGGUUUCUUUGGUUUGUUUCUUGGGGUGUAAAGAAACUUUGAUGUAAACAGUCUCUGUGAAAUAAUGAUGAUCAGUGCGAACAUAAAAAUAAAGAAAGGCAAAAAAAAAAAAAAACUUCAGAUGAUUCAUUCUGUACUGUUACAGUUACACAAGUAGAUUUAAAAACGAAGAAGACUAAAUGACUUGAUGCAGAAUGCACGGGGACAUGUGUAUGUGAUGUAAGACAACAAACAAAAUCCUGCUGUAUCACAAAUAAACCCAUUUUCUGUA